AUGGCGCUCCUGCUUGAAGACAAGUCCAUGCACGACUCUUCUGAGCCAAGUGUCAUGCAAACGCCACCUCAUGGCACACAGCAGAAGCUCAAAUCCAUCGAAGAGGCUUGUGAACGGUCAGAUUUUGAGGCGCUGGUCGAGCUAGCAACCUCGACCGGUGGUCUCCUGACCGAUGAAUUACGUCGAAAAGCGUGUGCGUAUCUGGCCCUGUUCACUCUUGGAACGCCAUUGACUGUCGAAAAGGGCCGAUAUUAUUGGGUUGCAUGCAUAGGAAUCGAGACGAAAACCCGCUACAGGGAACAUCUCGCAAGACUUGGGAGAACCUACCCCGGCAUCCCGACGAGGAUCAAGUCCAACUUGACGUUGACCGAGCGUUUGUCUACUAUCCAAGAGGUUUGGAGUGUCUUCCCGCCGAAUGAUCAGUCUGAACAGGCCCUCGAGGAGAAGAAAGCACAGCUGUCGGACUUGAUUAUUUCAACUCUGAGAAAGCAUCCUCUACUUUCCUACUUUCAAAGUUACCACGAUGUCGUACAGGUUCUUCUACUUGUUUUGGGACAGAACAGCGCAGCCCAGGCUGUCUCACGAAUGUCUCUUUUUCGUCUCCGCGACUACAUGCUACCAACACUCGUCCCUGCAAGAAAGCAUUUCGAGCUGGUCUCGGCCGUCGUGAGUAUCGCCGAUCCGGAGCUGGCUAAUCACAUCUCACAGGCUGAGAACAGCUUUGCCCUUUCAGCGACCCAUUCCUUGUUUGCCCAUGACAUCCAGGACUACCGAGAAAUUGCACGGUUGUACGAUUUUCUCCUAGCACAUGAACCGGUCAUGAGCAUUUAUCUCUUUGCCACCAUCACCAUCUCUCGUCGCUCAGAACUACUCGAACUGGAACCUGGUGAAUCAGACAUACUGACCUAUAUGAUCGCCAAAUUACCGCAAAAUCUUGAUAUUGACACUCUGGCCGCGGACUCGGUGAAACUGUUCCGAAGUCAUCCGCCAGAGAGUUUACGUGGGCUUCUCUGGUGGCGUCUAUCGUCUUACAGUGUGCUCAAAACAUCUCGAGACAUCAAACGGCCUCAAAGUCUGGAAGAGGCCGAGAUCUUAGGCCAUAAACAAAUACGACAAUUGCGGUCGGAAGAACUCAUGAGAAAGCGGGCAAAACAGUUACUCAAGUACCGGAGACCCUUGACGUCGUUGACCGCCGCUCUGUUUAUUGUUGUCGUUUCGCUGUAUCUUCGUAGAACGGGGCAGGACCAGUAUCUCCAAUCAUUAUUUGGUUCGGCAGCUCGGUUGCUGUCAAGCUCAGGUUGA